AUGGCGGCCGUUAAUCUAGACGUGGAUCUCGCUCACCACUCAUGUUUACACUGCCGAAACUUGAAACGGAAAUGCUCGCGCGAGCUUCCUUCCUGCUCCCUUUGCAUUCGUCUUAGAAAACGUUGCACUUAUGAAUCUUCGAAAUCUGCAGUGUUCUCGAGAUCACCUCAGGAUGAAACCCAGGAUGAUUUGCCCGAGCAGUCUCUUCUUUUUCAUCUCCUGCCUUCUUCACUUGCCCACCACCCCUCCAUCAUCCCUGCUCGGACUUUUCUAGAUUCGGAAUCGUCGUCUCCUACUCCUAUAAAUGUAUACCCGCAUGUUACCAUACCGGAAAAGGUGUUGGGUAUGUUAGGCUCCAGGCAUGAGAUGCACUCUGUCUACGUGCGAUAUUUUUCCGUAUUGCAUAAAUGGCUGCCUAUUCUCAGCCAGAAAGACACCAGUGAGGAUAUUAUUGAUAUUGGACCGAGAUCCAAGAUUUCAUUGGUCCUCCUGGCACUGGCAAUGAAAUUAUUGACAAGUGCACUGAAGCCAGGGGAGCAGGCUAUGUCACCACUAUACCAAGAAACAAAAAACUUGGCAAGUAGAAUCGAAAGCUGUGGUCUAAUUACGCUUCAGCUUGUCCAAUCCAUAGUGCUAUUGUCGGUCUAUGAGAUUGGCCAUGCCAUAUACCCUGCCGCAUAUCUCAGUGUGUCACAAGCAGCGCGUCUCGGAACUCUUUUGGGUUUUCACAACAGAAUGAAACUGCAAAUUUUCACCAAACCAGACACCUGGACACUUCGCGAGCAAGAAAGAAGAACGUGGUGGGCGACGCUGCUCUUAGAUUGCUUCGUGCACCUCGGCAUCUCCGGCUUGCCGCUGGCUUCACCAACACCCCACAAUGGAGAAUUGCUCCCAUGUGCCGAGCAGUCUUGGGAAAGUGGCUCGGUCGGUUUCAACCAGCCACUGUUUCUACAAAACUUGCCCGCUGAUGCACAGAUGGGCUCUUUUGCUGCUACUUGUCAAUCUGCACACCUUCUCGGAUCUGUUAUACGCCACCGUGACCAGACUGACAUUGACGACCGUGGACUCGUCUUGUCCGAAGCCCACCAGCUGCAUCGUGCAUUACAUACACUAAACCUUUAUCUGAGGAGACUUUGCUUUGUCGACCAAGUAGCUUUGGAAAAGAGCCAUUUUACUGCUUUUGCUCUUUGCUGCUCGGCUCGUUUCGUUCUCUACGAGAUAUAUGCAUGCAACGAGCAUUACCCUUCUAGUGGUCCUAGAAUACCCGAAGAAAUCGCAAUGCAGCAGUUCUCACUUGAGGGGAUAAGUAAGAGUAUAGAUGACGUUUAUUUGCUGACUGAGCAUAUUCUUCGCUUUGCUUCAGUUUCUGACCAAGACAGCGUCUCACGCCUUAGUCCGCUAUUUUGCCACUGCCUUUAUCAGUCUAUAUCUGAAUGCGCCUGGCUGUAUCGAGAAGAAAAGGGUCUGCACAGGGCUGCACAACUGAAAACAUUGAUACAGGGCCUGGAAACACUGGGCACGUGUUGGAAGGUCGUCGGUCACUAUAUGUCUAUUCUUGAGGAAGAAAACGCACUUGCUGUCGUGGCCGAUGAAACCAUGACAUAUGAAGAGGAUGCCCGCCUUUCCUAUUAA